GGCGGAAGCCUUGCAGUCGCGAAGGGUAGCGGUGUGUGCCGUGUGGCGCUCGCUAGAGCUACGCGUUAAGAAAAGUAACCAUGGAGAACAAUGAAAACUCAGUGGAUUCAAAAUCCAUUAAAAAUUUUGAACCAACGCUCAUACAUGGAAGCAAAUCAAUGGACUCUGGAAUAUCCUUGGACAAUCGUUACAAAAUGGAUUAUCCUGAAAUGGGUUUAUGUUUAAUCAUUAAUAAUAAGAACUUUCAUAAAAGCACUGGGAUGGCCUCUCGGUCUGGUACAGAUGUAGAUGCAGCAAACCUCAGAGAAAUAUUCAUGAACUUGAAAUAUGAAGUCAGGAAUAAAAAUGACCUUACACGUGAAGAAAUUGUGGAGUUAAUGCACAAUGUUUCUAAAGAAGAUCAUAGCAAAAGGAGCAGCUUUAUUUGUGUAAUUCUAAGCCAUGGUGAUGAAGGAAUAAUAUUUGGAACAAAUGGACCUGUUGACCUGAAAAAAUUAACAAGUUUCUUCAGAGGAGAUUAUUGUAGAAGUCUAACUGGAAAACCCAAACUUUUCAUUAUUCAGGCCUGCCGGGGUACAGAACUAGACUGUGGCAUUGAGACAGACAGUGGCAUUGAUGAUGACAUGGCAUGCCACAAAAUACCAGUAGAGGCCGACUUCUUAUAUGCAUAUUCUACAGCACCAGGUUACUAUUCCUGGCGAAAUUCCAAGGAUGGAUCCUGGUUCAUCCAGUCACUGUGUGCUCUGCUGAAACAAUACGCUCAUAAGCUUGAGUUUAUGCAUAUUCUCACUCGGGUAAACCGGAAGGUAGCAACAGAAUUUGAGUCCUUUUCUCUUGACUCCACUUUUCAUGCAAAGAAACAGAUUCCAUGUAUUGUGUCCAUGCUCACAAAAGAAUUGUAUUUUUAUUCCUAAAGAAAUAGUUGAUUUUGUUAGUUUGUAUGCCAAGUGAGACAACAAUAUAAAUAAUACUUUGUUUCCUCUCCCACUUAAAUUUUAUCUAAAGAUGGUACUUUGAAACAUACCACUUCUGCAGUAGAACCACAAUGAAGCUACCUCAAAAUUAGGUAGUUGGACUUGAAUUUAAUUAGGAAUAAAUAAAUAUGAAUAAUGGUGCAAUUAUUAUGAGAGGAAAUUAUUGUAAAUUUAUAUCUUUCAUAAUUCACAAGAUUUAGUGAUGCCAUGCUAUGAAUUUUCAAUAAUUUAUGAAGAUUAAAUGUUUCAGUAAUGAUGAAUUUUAAUAUUUUCCUCCACACACUUAAGACUGUGCAUUCUAGUUUUUGUCAAACUAUAUAAAUGAUGAUGUGGAAUUAUGGACCUUAGAACUUGGGGGACAUUGGCGUGUUCAAAGGCUUAAGCCUUUAUUUUAGAAUUGAUAAAUGGAAGUCAGCCAACUGCAUUUUUACAUCAGUUGUCAUAGCUUAUGGUUUUGUGCUAUUUGUUCUGAGCAUGUCUAUUAUAAAAAAAUUAUGUCUACUUGAAGAGAACUAAAUAUUUUAGAGAAAGUAUGAGCAAGCUGAGUUGAUUCUUUUAAGGCUAACUUGCAACAUUAAUGGACAGACAGAAUCAUAACUUUAAGGUGCUAAGCUCUACCAGCAUAUGUUUCUUCUCAUUUGUUUUUAUGCAAAUCAACUUUACAGACCAACAAAAUGUGUAAAGAACUAAUAUAAAAAAAUUCAAUUUUUGAUUGUUAGGCUAAACAAAGAACUGCUACAGGAACAUACUAAAAUAUGAUGUGUACAAUAAAUAGUGAAAAUAUAAGGAAAGAACAAUAAAUGAUCAGCUGGGCACUCUGUAAUUUGAGAGAAAAUAGUUUGAGCCUAAGAUGUGGGACAGCCUAUUCAGUGUAGGCAGAGCCAUAGACUGGGCUUCAGAAAAGCACCACCCGCUGGUUUCUUACAUGUACAGGUGUACGUGUGGCAGAUGCUUCUUAGGCAUGUCAUAAGAAGAUGGACCAAACCAGAAACUUACAAAAUGGAUAUUUUUCCAAAGGUGGUGAGAGUCAUAAUAAAAAUCAUGGUAUUCCUUGUGGUAAAACUUGUAAAUGUUAUUUUCUGAAGUUUACAGUCAAAGUAAAAUAGUGGCAAAAUUGUAUGUAGUUAUCUGAAAUAAAAGGACCAUGCACACAGGACUUCAGAAGCAUCUGGUGGGAGCCUGUCCUGUGCACAGAGGGAACCUGGAGGCCAGAGCUUAGCCCCAGCCAACGAGGCCAGAAUCCUGGCUUCCUCACACCUGGAAACAUUGAGCCAUUACUGACUAUACUGGCAGGUCUCACUGGCUUUUGUCCAGCAUUUCACAUGAGCUUUCUUUUUGCCCAAAGAAAGGAACUCAUGUUUUAAUUUACAGCUAAUUGAUUCGAUCUAUUGACUUUUUCUAAGACAAUGUAGCAUGUAAUGGUAUCUUAUGAUGUGUUCCUGUGUGACAAUUUUGUAAAAAUUUGUUAUUGCAUUUUUAUUUCAAAACAUAAAUUCAAACUUAAAAUCA